CACGUGCAUGCAAACUUCAUGCUGGUAUGUCCCGAUGUAACAGCAAAUGUUGUGCUUUUUUUGUUCCGGCAUCCUCUAAGUGGAUGCACAGAACUUGUGUUAGCCCAUAGUGUAGGCAGGUGGAGGACUGAAGAACAGUUGUCUAUAACCAGCUGAAGGGGUGUUGCAAAGAAAAGGAGGAAAGAAGAUAAUCCCAUGUACUUUGCCCACAGAUGACCAAACAGUUGGUUAGGUGGAAUGCCUCAUAGUUCAACCUGCUCCCCAACUCAUUUCCAUUGAGCAACUUGACUGUAAAUGAAAUGUGGAUGUGGAGCUUUUGUUGUCAGCAGGACAAAAUGUGAAAAUAAUGCCACCUUUUGGAAGGACUAAGAAAUUCAGAAGUGAUAAAAAAUCUUAAAAGAUGAGUUAUUAGUAGCAGAUUCACCAGGUGUAAGUGUUUUAAUGAAGGAAACGGUUAUUGAACAACAGAUCUGUUAAAUCCUGGUUCAAAAUACCUGCUACGAUUUAAAAAAAAAAACAAAAAAAAAACCACCAUUCAGUAGAGAAAAUGAACAGGGAAAAUUAGCUUAGGAACAGACUGUAGGGCUGGGAGAAAGCUGGCUGUGAUGUAACAGGUGGGUGGGUGCAGUGGUUGCCAAGGAGAAACUGACCUCUCCUGUGACAUCACAGGGUCCCAACCAGCACAGUACGAACGCCAACUCUCCUUGCACCAGGUUGCUUGAACAGCAGUAGAAACAUCAGUAACCAAAGCUUCUCCUUUCCAUCAAGAAAGGAAGCACAGAGGAGGAACCAUGGUAACAGACGUAUCAUUAUCUUAUUGGACAAUGAGCAAGGAUUUGGGCCUUUGUUUUUCUGCCUUCUAGGCAAGAUAUGAGGGACAGGGAGAAGGCUCAUGGAAGUAUUUUAAUUUCAGAUUUGAAACUGCAGCUAAGUGAGGGGGACAGAGAUGAAUGGUCCUUAUCUGUGGUCUUCCCAAGCCAUCACCAUUCUCUAAAUCUUUCAAGCAGCAUGAACCAGGGAAGGUCUAUAAUUUCUGUACUGAGUUUCAAGGAGUUCUCAAUUGAGAGGUUGGGUGAAUCCUACUAAAGGCUUUCAAACUUUGUUUGAAAAUACAUCCCUGAGUAAUGACACGUCUCCCUUGUUCUCCCAUUUCAGCGUGAGUGCAUCUCUGUCCACAUUGGCCAAGCUGGAGUUCAAAUUGGCAAUGCGUGCUGGGAACUCUUUUGCCUGGAACACAGCAUUCAGCCAGAUGGCACCUUCAGUGACCCACCCAGCAGCGAUGACUCUUUUGCCACAUUUUUCAGAGAGACAAGCAUGAGUAAAUAUGUGCCCCGAGCUAUUAUGGUGGACUUGGAACCAACUGUAGUAGACGAAGUACGAACCGGCACCUACCGGCAGCUUUUCCACCCAGAACAGCUGAUCACUGGAAAAGAAGAUGCUGCAAAUAAUUACGCACGUGGCCACUACACUGUUGGCAAAGACAAACUCGACAUGGUCUCAGAUCGCAUCCGCAAACUGGCUGAUGCCUGUUCUGGACUGCAGGGGUUCCUCAUCUUCCACAGCUUUGGAGGGGGCACCGGCUCUGGCUUUACCUCUUUGCUGAUGGAGCGCCUCUCUGUGGAAUACGGGAAGAAGUCUAAAUUAGAAUUUGCCAUUUACCCAGCUCCUCAGGCCUCCAGUGCCGUGGUGGAACCCUACAAUUCUGUACUCACCACGCACACCACUCUGGAACACUCAGACUGUGUCUUCAUGGUGGACAAUGAGGCCAUAUAUGACAUCUGCCAGCGAAACCUAGACAUCGAGCGCCCAACCUACACUAAUCUCAAUCGCCUGAUCAGCCAGAUUGUCUCCUCCAUCACCGCAUCGCUGCGCUUUGAUGGUGCCCUCAACGUGGAUCUGACAGAAUUCCAGACAAACCUGGUGCCCUUCCCACGCAUCCACUUCCCCUUGGUGACCUAUGCCCCCAUCAUCUCUUCUGACAGAGCGUAUCACGAGCAGCUCUCGGUGGCAGAAAUCACCAGCACCUGCUUUGAGCCCAACAACCAGAUGGUGAAGUGUGACCCGCGGCAUGGGAAGUACAUGGCUUGCUGCAUGCUCUAUCGUGGAGAUGUAGUUCCCAAAGAUGUCAACGUAGCAAUUGCUGCCAUCAAGACCAACAGGUCCCUUCAGUUUGUUGACUGGUGUCCAACAGGCUUCAAGGUUGGGAUCAACUAUCAGCCACCUAUACCUACACCUGGGGGAGACCUAGCCCAGGUUCAGCGAGCAGUCUGCAUGCUCAGCAACACCACAGCUAUUGCUGAGGCCUGGGCAAGGCUUGACCACAAGUUUGAUCUUAUGUAUGCCAAGAGAGCCUUUGUUCAUUGGUAUGUAAGUGAAGGCAUGGAGGAAGGAGAAUUUGCAGAGGCCCGAGAGGACCUGGCUGCCCUGGAGAAGGACUACGAAGAAGUGGGAACUGACUUAUUUGAGAAUGAAAAUGAGGCAAGGGAAUAUUAACGUCCACUUGGCCUUUUUUUUCUGUGCAUAAAACACUUUGUCUUUCUCUGUGCA